AUGGGUCUAACAGACACCAUAAAAAAUGACAAUAAAGCAUCAAAUCAAAAUAAGGCCAAGGCCAUGAUAUUUCUUCGUCAUCAUCUUGAUGAAGAAGUGAAUGCGGUAAAUUUUCUCCCAACUAGGUGUGAAAGAAGUUCUGACCUCAGUCGUAGUGAUGGUCGAGGUCGUGGUCGUGACAGGUAUUUUAAUCAUGGUGAUUACCUUGCAAUAAAUAAUAAUCCUCAGCACCAGCAGUACAAAAAGAAGGGGGAAGCUCCUGAAGCAGCGCCAAGGACGAACUCUGAAAGUAGAUGUUAUCGAUGUGGAGGAAAGAGGCACUUGUCGCGUACCUAUCGUACGCCAAAGCAUCUGGUAAAACUCUAUCAGGAUUCCCUUAAAAGGAUAGAAAAUGAUGUUGAAACAAACUUUCACCUUGAAGAUAGCGUUGAGCCCAUGGACUUGGAAGUUUCAGAUUUCUUUGCAAUUUUUGAAGAACAUGUAAAUCUCCCUGUAGGUGAUAAUCAUGAAAUAGUCUGA